AUGGAGUGUAGAUACACGGCAUACAUCAGCGCAGUGCAGCAGAUCCGAGAUGAGCUCGGUGACCUGCAAGAACGAAAUGUUAUGGUCACCGGCCUUUACUCGACGCUUGGGAAGUUUGGAUCGACGAUUUCUAUGGAUGAGCGAAUGCAGCUCGAUCUCAUGCAAAACAGGAUGGAGGAAUUAUCUGAUAAAAAAGUUGUCGAGGCCAGCGUAUGCAUUGAAAACAUCCGAAAAGAUAUGACCAAGGACUGCCUCGAGAAGUGCGCUUCACUUGAAGCGGAAUUGGUCCAUCUCGAGAGAUCUUUGAACAGCGGUGUCUUCUUGUCUGCUGAUGCUGUAGUGAAUCGAACACAUGGGGAAGUCUUAGCUGAUCUCGAAAGUAUACAUCAGAUGAUAGUCAAGAAUGAGGAACGUGUCAAUGCGCUCCAACGUUCGCUGCAGCUGAUGAAGGUGAAUCCCUAUGAUUUCAAUCAGUUGCAGAAGCUCAAGUCUCGUUACGAACAACGGAGAGGAAUUUGGGACUCGGUGGCGACUUGGCGCUCACUGACAACCGAGUGGCUGAAUGCUCCACUUCGAGAAGUAGAUGUUGAAGGGUUGAAUCGGACUGUUAAUACGAUGUUCAAGGAAGCAUUCAAGCUGAGUAAGCAGCUGGAUGGAGAUCAGGUUGUGGAGGAAAUGAAAGAGUUAAUCGGUGUGUGGAAGAGCAAUCUUCCGGUCAUACAGGAGCUUGGUAACCCUGUGAUGCAACGGAGGCAUUGGGAGAGAGCGUGUCAGGCGGUCGGCCUGGCCCUCACUGGAACUGCCGCGACGCGUGUCACACUAAGUAUGAAACAAGACAUAUACUCCCAUCGGGACGCAGUUGGGGAGAUAUCGGCCGCAGCCAGCGGGGAGCAUGCUCUGGAGAAGACUAUGGAAAAGGUUGCCGGCUCGUGGGAAGGGUUGCAGCUGCCGGUGAUGAACCAUCGUAACACUAAGAAUUUGUGGAUCCUUGGUGACGUAUCUGAACUGAUAACAUUCCUCGAGGACCACGCUGUGACGAUACAGACGGCCCUAGGGAGCCGAUUCGUUGCUGGAGUCAAGAAAACUGUUGAGGAGUGGGCGAAGAAGAUCUCGACCGCCUCAGAUGUGCUUGAUGAAUGGUUACAGGUCCAGAGGAGCUGGAUGUACCUCGAAAACAUCUUCUCGGCCGAGGACAUCCAGCGGCAACUACCUAAUGAAGCCGCCAAGUUCAAGUCUGUUGAUAAAUUCUGGAACGAGCUCUUCAAAAAGAUUCGUCGGUCCUCCCCUGCGGCGAUGGAUGCAUUCCACAUUCCUAAUUUACUCGUUCAGCUGCAAGAGGUAUGUGUACUGCAUAGGAUAUGA